CCUCUGAAACGUCCUAAGUUUCCGCCAUUUCUUGGCCGUCUCAAUGAUUUGUCUGAUAUUAUCCCAAGGCGAAAAUCUUCGAAACGAAGAGAUAACCCUUGUUGCUCCACGAUCGCGGCGACAGUGAACAGAUUUUUGCUUGCUCGGCUGUGCAGAUUGAAUGAUCCUCGAAUCUUGAACGGCGCGAGUAAGCAAAACCUUUGCCCGGCCACUAUGCUUCAGUAGACUCCAUAAUCAACAUUGCCCCCGUGUGUAUAGGAAGGAGUCCCACGUUAUGCGCUCACCUGUAGCACUUAUCAAUUCAUUGCAGCAUGCAGGAUAGAUUCUUAACUUUGAACCCCUGAAGCAGUGAUACUUCUUUUGAUGUCGGAGGCUGAGUAACCUGAAGGAAUUUCGGUACUGUCUGAAUAAACUUUGUCAAGGAACACGAGUUGGAUUGGAGUGCAACGGAGCUUGCCUGGGAUUGACCAUCCUCUUUUUGAAGUCCUUGUGUCCAUCACUGCACCCACCUAACUCAAAUAGACAAGUGUUGUUACUAACUCGAACUCAAAAUGAUAGAAGAGGCCCAUAUCGUCCACCAAGAGGCAUCGAUGCAGGUUCACCAAGAACCAGCAACGAUGCAAGUCCAAGGAGAACCACCUGCACUUCAGAUCCAAGGUGAAACGGUGAUGCACAUUCAUGAAGAAGGUGGUAGUCCUUCGUCAAAUGGGGAAGUGUCAAAGGCUAAGAGAAGACGAUUGUCAGUAGACGCAGAGGGAGUUAACCAAUUAGGAGGAUGUUUUGCCAACGGACGCCCUCUACCAACGCAGAUUCGGCAACAGAUCGUAGAGUUAGCAAGGGAAGGUGUACGACCAUGUGACAUUUCCAGACAGCUCAAAGUUUCACAUGGCUGUGUCAGCAAAAUUCUUGUCAGAUUUUAUGAGACUGGAUCCAUCAAACCAGGGGUCAUCGGUGGCAGUAAACCAAAGGUUGCCACCAGAGAUGUUGUCAACAAGAUUGCAGACUACAAGCGUGACAACCCAACUAUCUUCGCUUGGGAGAUCCGUGACAGGUUACUCUCUGAGAACAUUUGUGCCAAGGAGACAGUACCAAGUGUCAGUUCUAUCAACAGAAUAUUGCGGAAUAAGAUCGUGAAUGGUUUUGUUAUGGAAGAAGCAACACUGACUAAAAAGAAACCAAGCCCUGCUGAACUCGAUCUUCCCGAAGACGCCCUUCCAACUCAAGUCACCAUCCAGCGCCCUGCCGCACAACAAAUCAUGGCGCACAACGCGCAGCAACCCCCAACCAUCACUCCUGCGCAGUUUGCGCAGUACUACAACAGCCUUCAGCAGAGUCCGCAGACGGGAGGGUAUCCGAUCCACGUCCCGACGACGUCUCCCCAGGCAGCAGCCACUGUGGCUCCAGGUGGGGCCACUGUCAGGCUUCCGCCAGCCUACACCAUAAAGGAACUCUUGGGUAAGCAGGUGGUGGUGGUACAGGCUCACGUCGCCCCUCAGCCCAUUAAGAAGGAGAAAAAUGUAGGAGAAGAUGCACAGGCAUAUGUCCAGCAGAACGGUGUCAGCCCCCAAACCAGACCAACCAUGGCACAGCUCUCCCCUGCCAAAGGGGUAGAAGGGGUGCAGAUGGCUGAACCCAUUACCAAUGUCCGUACCGUCCAGGUGGCCGUCCCAGCUAGACCAGACCAGCUGAAUCCAGUCGGUACAGCAGUCACCACUAACCCGUCGCCGACGGCAAUCACUCCUGCCCAGAUGACUGCGUUUACGGGAGUUACCAUUAAGACAGAGCAGCCGGAAACUGAUGCCAACGGAAAUGCCCGUGCCAGCAGUCUGAAAGGCUACUAUGAGAGCUUCGCCAGGGAACUUGCCAUGAGUGCUGGGGCCAUCCCUUCUCAGGAGCAGAGAUUGGUGAUUCCAUUAUCCGAGUCGGCUGGGUUGCACACAUUGACACCCAUUCAGAGUGAAACGAACAUAGGGGGCGCAUAUACGCGAGUCGUUGAAAGUCCCAAAGUGGAAGAAUUGAGAUUAGCAAGAGUUCGGCAAGCAGGAACCCCAGGCCUAGCCAUCGGCAGCCCAGGAGUAGCGGAUAAUACUACAUUCACAGAGCUCAAACCUGCCAGCGUUCUAGGUUAUCAAGAAGUUUAUGCAACUGCUCAGCCCGCUGUUCAAAAUACGAAUGGUACCACACUGACAACAGCUGCAGGUCAGACCACCGGGGUUACAACCGCCUCCUUAGCGAAUCUCUUGCCCAACACCACCACCACAGCUCCAUCGAAACCAGACUACGCUGCUCAAAUUCACCACCUACAACAAGCCAGUAUAGCCCUGGCCCAUCGGCAACAGCAAGAGCAGCAACAGCUGCAGCUUCAGCAACAACAACUGCAAAAUGGUCACCCCUUUGACACAUCUUCCUUAACCAACAACGCGUGGCCACGACCGAGUUUGAUUUCUUCUCACCCUGCAUGAUAUCAUUUUGUGUUUCACUGUUUUUCGUUUUGAGCUGUGUCCUCAUAAUACUUUUCACCCAACGUUAAGUGGCUCUUCAUAAUGACACCGUGUUAUGCAUCGUAAAACACAUCUUACGUCUUACAGCGGAGAAGUUAUAUAUACAUUUUUAGUGUAACUAUGAUGUAAGUUAUAAUGUUACCUAUAAUUUGUUGUUUUAUUUUCUAACUGCAUUUGUAUAUGUCGUAUAUAGCAUCAAAGAUAGCUAUUUCGAUUUUGAUUUCAGGUAUAUUUUAUAGAUAUGAUUUAUUUUCAAUCUUUCUUUUUUUUUGUAUAGUUUUGGUGCAGGUCCCUGCUGCUGUAUCGAAGAUAUUUGAUUAUUUUAAUGAUAUCUGUUUUAAAUUUAAUUAUACGAUUUACUCUUUGAAUGUACCAUAUUUUUAAUACAUUUCUCUUUUGCGACUUCUUUCUGUUCAUUGAAGAUGAUAAAAAAUGUUUAUGUAUUCACACUGCUUUUUAUUCAAUUCAGCAGUUUGUGGGCAAUUGGCGAGGAUCAAAGUGUUUAUUUAUAAAUAUUCAAAAUAUGUUACUUUUGGGUAUAUGAUAAUUAUGCAAGAAUGCCUUAAAAUGUCUCAAAGCGCUUGGUGAUCCGUGUAAUAUUAUGUUUAGUUUUCUCUACAAGAGCUUUCAUCACGAUGCGGUUUAAAGUAAAGUAUAAGAGAAAGUGUAUAUACUUUCAUUGGUCUUUCUUGUUUAACAAAAUAGUAGAGGCUUAUUAACAUUAUUGCCAUUGCUGAUUUUGAUAAAAUAUAUAGGUAGAAACAGAUACAGUACAGAUAGAUUCAUUCGUCCUAGAUUUCUUUUUUUUUAUCUAUGGACGCUAUAUUUUGAAUUUUGUGUUUUCCAGUUAUGGUGUAACAUUAAGAAAAGAAAGUAAAAUUUAUGCCUUAUCUGAGGAAAGUUGGAUUUAGAUUGAGAUGGAUGAAAGUAAUAUCCUAAACAUGGAAUUAAAGCAUCUCUCGUUUUCUUUCACGUUAUUCCUACUACGGUGCUUCUUUAAAAAAAAUGCUUCAAAAAUGUCUUUCGAUAUUUCAUUCAUUUUCACAGUGUGUGGCUGAUUUUCGUUUUAUUUUGUCAGUAACUUCUCUUCCAAAAGUCAAAUGUUAUCAAGAAUGGAACGAAUACAGUCUUUAAAAUAAAUGCAUGCCUCAUAAGUAGGCAUUAACGCUAUUUAAAAAGAAAAAAAAUCCUGUCCGAUUUUAUUCGGAAAUCAGUCCAUUGG